ACUCAAUUUGUUUCGCAGCACCGCAUAGCAUCAGGUCGUACUUGGAUCGCUCGACGAAUUAGGAGCCCGCGCAAGUCCUUCGCUCUAUGGGCUCGGAGCCAAGAAAAAGUGACAAGUAGGCGAUCGCGAUCUGCAGCAAAAUGCAUCACUGCUUGUAUCGACGUUCACCUUCCCCAAGAGUCCUUCAUCGUAAACUCGGGCGACAUGACGUCCAAGCCGGCUGCAAGUCUCGGCGGGCCUGUGUUGCCUGCUAUGGUGCCGUCUUCUCUGCGACGAUCACCGUGUUCGAGCCAGUGGGUACGCCAGCGACGGUGUCAGCCUUCACUCCUCGUCUCGAAGUCCAUGCCUUCCCUACCGCUCGAAGCCAGCAUCCGAACGUCUUCGCCCUUCUUAAUCGGUCGCGGGAUGAUGGCACUCUGAGGCUAAUCCUCGCUUACCUCCACCCGAACGCCUUUCACUCUCCUUUCCUUCCCUCCGCAAUCAGACAUCUCCGCCAGCUGGCGCAAGUGCCCCAGCUCCGCAUCCUAGCCACGAGGCCACUGUGCCUGCCUUGCGCACUCAACGACUCCGAGGAAGGCGAGAAGAAUGCCGAGGCGUCUGCCCAGCGCGGCGCGAGCACAAUGAGCACCGCGAGCGCGCCAGAGGGCUUCGCGGUGCCGCGCAGUCUGCUGCGAACGCCGAUUCCUGCUACGGCCGGCGCAGCUCGGAGUAGAUACCGCAUGGUAGCGCGACCAGUUCUCGCUUCCCGCGGUCGUGACUCGCACUACACCGGUGACAACGAAGUUGAACGCCAUCGGCGAGGGCGGGACCAAGCGCCGGUCGCUCUCGCUCGAGAGCCGCAAGACGAACGCCAUCGAGUCCGCGUGGAGCAUCGCUUCACAACUGCUAGUAUCACUUUGGCCUCAGCUAUAGUCGUCUGCCAGGAGGCUUUGCUGUCUGACGGCUCACACUUGGCGGGCGUCCUUGCACUGCGAUUUUCACCGUAG